UGGUGCCGAUGUGGUCGGUUGUCUCUCGCGCUCCUCCUCUCGCCUCACGCCCCUCAAACUGUUUUCACUUGCAUCAUCACCAUCCGACUUUCAAAUCAAGUCUUCGCAACUCUCUAAAUUUACCACCGAGGAAAGGUUUUAUAAUUGACAACUACACAUCGAUGAUACAGGCUGUACGUGCCUUCCAGCAGAAAACCAGGUCUGUUUCCAAGGGCUGGCGUAGGCAAAAAACCUGUCGCCAGCCACUACCUUAUUUUAAUACCACACCGCUUCUGUAAAGACUUCAAAACACACUACGAGAUGAAGACUGUGCUGGGUGUGCUCGUGGUCCUAGCAGCUUGUAUAGGUUGUUGUGGCGCCAUCUGUGUGGUGGACAACAAAUACGGCUGGAGCAUCGACUGUGGCAUCAGGGACUCCUACCUGUUCAGGAUCAAGGACUAUGGCGGCAUUAAGGCCAAUUUUGACUUUGGGAUCGGGUUUGGGGAUGAGGACGGCUUCCCACAGUCCAUCCGCAACACUGCUGGUGGCCACUACCGCAAGAACGAUAACACAGCCCGCAGCAGCUCACAGAACGGAACCUCGGCCAUAAGAUCAGACGACCACCAGACUCCGGGAGCAGCAGCAGAAAGGAGACAAGAUUCCAACGCCUCUAGACCACCUCCAAGACGCUGGGCUAGACCUGGGCCAGCCUUUAGGUUACUGCCGCCUCCUCCUCCAGGCAACCGUCGUCAGGGUAAUGCGAGACCUUACAGACGUCAGUGGUCACAAAACAGUCUCAGGCGACAGAAUCGUCCGGGAGGGUUUCGACAGUCUCAGCGUAGACCUCCUCCCCGGGCCCCUCUCCGGGUUCCUGUACAAGGCCUUCAUAGGGCUCCUCCUCCCGGCGCUAAGUUGUUCGCUGUGUCGGUCCCUUUCCGAAAUUCUGGGCAGAGUCCUGUGUUUCUUCAGCCUGGCCAAGGACAUGAACAGAAUAAACCUAAACAGUUCUUCGUGGGUCAUAAUCAACAGGCGCCCCAGUUCCUCUCUCAAGACCCGCCACCAUUCAGACCACCGCCCCCGUUCACGUCGUCUCAUGCAGGCACUGUUGGCCCUAUCCUGGGUGAGGUGCUUAAGAUUAACGCCGACACACCAGCAGACACAGAUCACGUCCCUUCCUUCGCUGCCAAGACGUUUGUGGUGCGUGAAGCCCCUGCUGAGUUUCAUCCCCCUGGUUACUCUCCUACACCCAGUCCUCCUCCAGCCAGUGACCACGUUGAGGUGCCCAGGACCAAGUUCUUCUGCGAGGAACAGAAGUAUCUGCCUGGCAUAUACGCUGACGCACAACUGGGCUGCAAGGUGUUCCACUUAUGUCUUCCGGCUGCCAUGGGUAACACACUUACCAGCUUCCUGUGCCCCAACAUGACCCUGUUUGACCAGUCUAUCUUGCAAUGUAACUGGUGGUACUACGUUAACUGUGAGAACUCCCAGCACCACUAUGACGCCAACCUUCCUAUGGCUCUCAGUUACCGUAAAAUCAACGCCGCUCAGUUACCACUCUCCGGCGUGGGUAACUUUGGUAGUGUGUCUCUGUUAUCUCACAACGCCGGGGAAUUCAAGAACCCACAGCCAGCCGAGACAGAAGGCAACACUAACAUAGCGUUUAAUAGGAUAGGGAAGGCUGUCGAUACUGUGGAGGAGGUUGGUCAGGGUGAUGGCAUUCCUAGAGAACCAAGGAUGAUGGAUGGUGAUGGUGGUGAUGAUGGCAGUGAUAAUGAGGAGGGUGUUGAUAAUAGUGAGAGUGGUGUUGAUGCUGAUAAUGGUGAGAAAGAUAAAAUCAUAAAGAAAACGAAGGAAGGAGAGAAUGAAAGUGACAAAGUCAUUAAACACACAAACACACCAAAGGUUAAAGGUGAAGAAAACAUUGACCAUCAGGUAAACAAAACAAUAACCAACGUUAAAGAAGAAAACAUUGAUCAGCCUGAAGAAACGCACAUAAUCAACGAUAAUGACGAAACUGAGCCGAAAGAAGACAAACAUACGAAGAAAAUAACAGACCAAGAUGAUAAAGGAGAUAGAGAAAGGGAAAGUAAUAAAGAAAAUACUGAAAAAACUCGUCGAAGAAGAACCAUUGAUCUGGGUAAGAGACUUGGUAUUCCUCCGCUAAUAUCGAGACUUUACAACCAAGAGAUAAACGUAGCCUAGUGUACAAGGGACAUACGCGCCUGAUUUAACUAUACGCCACUAUUAGUACAAGUUUUCCAACAACAGUUAUAUAUUAAAAAAGAAAGUGGUAGCCAAAGCUAUAUAAUUAAACCCGUGUACUGCCAGCCACGCCGGUAUGUUUGAUAAAUAAACCUUACUGGUGGUUUAAUGUAUCGUUGUGUCUAGCCAUGAUGCUUGCUGUCUCGGGCCCGCUCUGGCUCAACACAACAUGUAUACUGUCACCUCCACAUCUCCCCUUCCUUCCUUCUUUCUUCUUUCCUUCCAUCAUUCCAUCCUUUUUAAGGUGUUCUUGCCUUUACCUUGACAAUAAUCAGAGGCCGUAAAGGUAAACGGAGAUCUCUUAAUGCAUCCAUACCUUAAAUUGCUCAAUGAUAACGUGAAACAUAGACCAAACGCUCAAUAGUAGUUGGUUCAUGACUGUUGUUGACCUUCUAGUCUGGUCAAGUGGCUGGCGUAUUAGGAAAGGUUGCCAUUUUGACUGUUGUUGCCAUACAUGUACUGAGUACUGCCAGGACUAUACGGUGUAGGUACCAGUCAUACACAAGUCGCCAUGAAGUAUUGUAUACUUUGUUAACUGCUCUUGCCAUCUCCCUCCAAAACGUAGAGUAUAUGUGUGUGAAGUUUAACAAAGCUAACAUUAGUGAACAUAUUCCCGAUGUAUGCAUUAUUAUUAUUAUUUAUACUGUGAAGUAACCUGUGAUACUGUGUCUGUUGGUGAUACUGUGGUAGUGUUAUUGUCUCACACACACACAGUGGUUACGAUCACACACACAGUACAGUGUGUGUAUUACAUGAGAUGAUUGAUUAUUGUUAAAUAUGUGUUGUUACCUUAAGAAGAGGUGGGGCGGUCAAGUGUACAGUACUCGCCUCUCAUCCUAAGGGUCGCUGGUUCGACCCCGGGGUACUCCCAGUCUACCCACCUAUAAAUAGGUGCCUAACUUUACGGUUGAGGAAAUAAGGGUGGUCGAGUAUAGUGGGGCCAAGCUGCCUCCGUGUGUACCAAAGGUUUAGUCUGCAGUGUGUUGGAGCCACACUGUUCUCACUAUGGGACCCGCCUUCACAUGUUACAGUAAGAUGUUGAACACUGUUAAGCCUUUAUCAUUAUUUUGUCCCUUUACCAUACCUUAAAUUCACCUUUUUUUAUAUUAACUCUCACUUCAUAUCUACAGAAAACUACUACACAGCUGUUGUUUAUAAUUAAAUACCUGUAUAUAUAUAUAUAAACACUAUGCUGUACCUGUACUGUAUAGUAUAUUUUGUAAUUGCUUUCUAAAGGUUUAGUUGUCACCAUCACAUAACAUCAACACUGAGUCUUACAGUUAUCACAUCAUACUAACACUAGUUUAUGUAACUUAUUUAUUCAAAUUUUUCUCUUGCCUUGUGUAGUUCCUCAAUUUGGUGGGCCGUGAUGUCAUGUUACAGUAGACACACAAGAGAUCGAGUCUACUGUACACUAUUGUUAUUAUGGAAGGUGGCGCACGAGGAGGAUUUUUCGAUGACAAUAUUUUGAGAACCCUGUAGAAGGCCAAUUGUUUCUCUGUGCCAAUAUACUGUAGGUUAUAAUGGCGCUUAGUUGCCAGUGGCUAUGGGGGUUUUUUUUCACUCCUGAACGAUGACAGUCCGUUUACCCAACGUGUGAUACCGUACAAGCAGUGUUCGUCUCUGUCAGUGCUGUACGGAGCUGCACCGCCGCUCGACCGAACACAUAUAAUUAUGGUAAUAAUUUUGAUCUGUAAACUAAGUAAAAUAUUAUAUCAGAUUAUUCUAGAUUUUGUUUUUAUGAUAUUUAUGAGAAGUUUAUUUUUAUUUUAUUUUUCAGUCCUGGAUGUUGCAUAUGAUGCUGUGUUGUGUGCAUGCCCAGUGUAUGAAUUAAAAAAGAUUUACAUAUACUGUACCCAUGUAUGUAUGUAUAUAUGUGUGUAUAAGCAUCAUCAAAGUCCUUGUUCAUUGUAUCAUUAUGAAUGUUUUAUUACUGAAAUUAUUGAUGGAGUGAAUAUUGUUACCAGGGUCUUGGAACAGAUGAGGUUUUAGGACUUAGGUUAAAUUUGACUCGAGAGAACAUCUGAUUGGUUGACAGACUGAAGCGGUAGCAGUACAAUGAUGGUGGCCAGAGUGAUGUCGAAAUUACACUGAAGCUCCGCCAUAACCGAGUGUCUCUCUGACUUCCACUAACAAGGAGGACUUAACAUAGGAACCUUGGAUAGUUUUAACCCUAAACUGGGAAUAAACGUAACUUGUGAUAAUCAAUGUAUCUUAACUAACCCUCUGGUGUGACAGUAACAGACACUGGACAGACACAUUUGCACAUGUUUCCAGUCAAAUACUACUGAACUGAAAGGAAAAUUAUGACAGACCUCCCACUUAUGGUCAUGAGGGCUCUUGGGAGGUCACUUGACUCAGGUAGUUCAGCAACCCUCACCAGAUGGCGCUGGCAGCCGUCUUUUAACAGGUGAGGUAACUUACAAACCAUAAAUUUUGUGCUCCCAUUUUAUGCAUCGUGCUGAAUUUAUUGACCAAUGUACAUAAGUAUAAUUUAUUUAUUGUAUAUUAUAGAUAUUUUUAAUAAAGGUGAUUAUUUGAAACGUG